ACACCAGACCGCAUCCGCGAUCGCAUCCAUUUACUAACGGAGAAGCCUACCUCUCUUAUUUCUGACGGCGAUCUAGAUGAUAUCAAAGCUAGGGUUUCGUCUAUUGCGGACGAGAUAUUAACGCUUGAGGAUGUUGAGCGUGUUGCUGGAGUUCUUGAUGCGAGAUCUGUUGUCGAUUUGCUUCGGAGGUCGCCUAAUGGCUCUGCGUCUGUUGAGUUGCUCUCUCGUCUCAAGGCCAAGCCUCAUUUUGCUUUGGAGGUUUUUAACUGGAGGAGGAGACAAGCAGACGCUGAGAUUCCAUUGCAAGCAGAAGAGUAUUCGAAAGCUAUUACACUUGCUGGUAGGACCAAAGAUAUAGACCUUGCCGUAGGUCUCUUCUGUGAUGCUGCUAGGACCCUUGGAUUUCAAAGCACUUGCGUCUAUAAUUCCUUAAUCUCAGCUUACAUGUACAAUGGGUAUACCAAGAAGGCUAUCUCAGUCUUCGGGGACCUGGAGAGGGACCCAAAUUGUAAGCCGAGCAUUGUCACCUAUAAUAUUCUUCUUUCGGUCUUUGGCCGGUCAAUGUUGGUUAACCAUAUGGAGGCUAUACUCAAGACCAUCGACCAGUCUGAUGAUCUCUCACCAACAUUGACCACUUAUAAUACUGUCAUUGCUGGUUACGUUACGGCUUGGAUGUGGGGUAGGAUGGAGAGCACUUUUCAUAGAAUGGAGACUGGAACUGUCAAGCCGGAUGCUUCCACUUAUCUGUUGAUGCUUCGAGGCUAUGCUCAUUCUGGUAACAUUGAAAGAAUGGAAAGUACUUACGAGCUAGUGAAAGAAAUGGUAAAUAAUCAUGAGAUUUGUCUAAUUCAAGCAAUGAUAUGUGCUUAUUGUAAAAGCUCUGAUCCUGAUCGAGUUAGGAAGAUUGAAAAUUUGAUGAAGUUCAUCCCAGAUGGGGAAUAUAGGCCGUGGCUUAACAUUCUUUUGAUUAGGCUUUAUGCUCAAGAGGGCUUGCUUGAAUCCAUGGAUAAGUCCAUACUGGAAGCAUUCAAGAGGAAUACGAUAGUCACAACUACGGGCACUAUGCGCUCAAUCAUCUCAAGUUACUUCCGAUGUGAUGCAGUGGAUCAGCUUGUAGGGUUCAUACGUAAUGCUGAGUAUGCUGGGUGGAGGCUCUGCCGGUCACUUUAUCAUUGUAAGAUGGUGAUGUACGGGCAGCAUAAUAGGCUGGAAGAAAUGCAUGCGGUUCUUGAUGAGAUGGAGGCUUACAAGUUUAACCCCACAAAGAAGACUUUCUUGAUUAUGUUCAAGGCAUAUUGGAAGAUUGGGAGAAAGUCCGAAGCAGAGUCAAUUCUUGGCAUUAUGUGGAAGCAUGGUUUUUGUACUACAGAGGAUUCUUUCGUUUUCUAAUAUUCUCUGAGAUUUUGAUGGAAACAUAUCAACUGCAUUCAGUAUUAGUGGAUUGUUGAGGAGUAUCCGAGCUCUUUAUCUUUAUGUAAUUGCUCGGUAAGUUUCAAGCUUUGAGUUUCACCAAACAUUUUA